UCGCCGCUACGGACUCGUCCGGAUUCCUUUCAGUGUGGCACGCUGUCAGAACGUAGAGCCACAGCAGCGAAGAGGAGCAAAUAUCUGAUGAAAACUUUGAAUAUCUGCAUCUAGACGUGGAAUAGGCGGGUUAUUCUGUUUAUAAUCUCUCUAAAUCAAAAUCAGAUCCAUCUUGUCACUUGUGCUGACCACCACUAUUUCUGGUAUGGAUGACAUGGUGAUGGAGGAGGAAGAUGACUGUCCAGAGUUGGUGCCCAUCGACGCCCUGCCUGCUCCUCCUGCAGACCAGAUACCUGUCACCAUCAUCACAGGCUACCUCGGUGCUGGAAAGACUACGCUCCUGAACUACAUUUUAACGGAGCAACACAACAAGAGGAUUGCCGUCAUACUCAAUGAAUUUGGAGAAGGCAGCGCCCUGGAGAAGUCCCUUGCAGUGAGCCAUGCAGGAGAGCUGUAUGAGGAGUGGCUGGAACUGAGAAACGGCUGCCUCUGCUGCUCUGUCAAGGACAACGGUCUUAAAGCCAUCGAGAACCUGAUGGAGAAAAAAGGAAAGUUCGACUACAUCCUGUUAGAAACCACAGGACUCGCUGACCCAGGAGCGGUUGCCUCCAUGUUCUGGGUUGACGCAGAGCUCGGCAGCGACAUCUAUUUAGAUGGUAUCGUCACUGUCAUCGACGCCAAGUACGGACUGCAGCAACUAACAGAGGAAAAAGAAGAAGGCCUCAUCAAUGAAGCCUCCAGACAGAUUGCUGUCGCUGACCUGAUCAUAAUCAAUAAGACAGACCUGGUGAACGAGGAGGAACUCACUCAAACCCGAGACGCAGUCAGGUCUAUCAAUGGUCUCGUCAAGAUUUUAGAAACCCAGAAGUCAAGGGUCGAUCUCUCUGAGGUGCUGGAUCUGCAUUCCUUUGACAGUAAAGACGGAGUGAAUCUUGCAGAGAAGCUCCAGCUCGUGAAAUCUACAAGACCACAUCUUGACAAGAGUAUUUUAACGGUGACGUUUGAGGUGGCCGGAGAUCUCCCUGAGGACGCCCUCAAUGUUUUCAUCCAGGAUCUGCUAUGGGAAAAGAUGUUCGCAAACAAAGAAGGGCAUCCCAUGACUGUCAUCCGCUUAAAGGGCAUAGUGUCUCUCGUAGGUAAAGCCCACCAAGUGAUGCUGCAGGGGGUCCACGAGCUGUAUGAUCUGAAUGAGACUCCACAGCUUUGGGAGGAGAACCCACGGAUCAACCGCCUGGUCUUUAUAGGCAGGAACCUGGACAAAGACCUUCUGCAGGAACAUUUCAUCUCUGCAGUGAUGCAAGGAGCGCAGAGAGAUUAGACCACAAGCGCUUCUCUCCUCUAUUCAGAGAUCAACAGUUGAUUCCGGAGCAAAAGCUGUAGCUUUGGCCAUCCACAGAUCUGGGACUGUGUUUCAGGCGUUCACCCAUCUCCUACGUGAACGUGAGGUACAUCAGAGGAUGGCUGAAGUUACAUUAGUGAUAGGUACAGCAGUUUCUAUUUGUGAUUAUCCAACACUAGCUGCUUUAACAACAUGCAGUAUCUGUGUCUUACACUGGUCACUUAUCUUUCUCACAACCUCUAAAAUGUGUGACCACACCAAGAUGCGACAGAGGGAGAGAGAUUUUCCAUCAAUGAUGAUGUAUUUCUUAUAAAGACAGCUUCGUAAAAUCUGUAGUUUUUGAAGGUUGGCAUUGUUGGAAGUUGCAAAUCCUGUAUCAAGUGUGGUACACUGUAAAUUAUGUAGCUUUGCUUAUGUUUCUGGCUUUUAACUUACAGUUUUCCUUUUUAAAUUAUUCAAAAUAAAGUUGUUCUUUUUUCUGAACA